GUCCCUGCAUUCUAUAAGUGCAACACAGCUUUAUAUUCGAAUACAUACGCUCUGCUAGUACCGGCGAUGAACCAUUCGAAAAAUAGCCGGACCCCCCAUGUAGCUGAUGCACAGAUGUGUGAUCACUAGGAGGGAUACAAAAGUCAUACCUAGCACAUUUUGCAAAGUCUUGGUAUGUCCACUUCUAACUUUCAACCAUCAACAUCGAUUUCCACCCGCUACCAUGCAUUUCAGAUUAGGACGAAAUUGGUUUCGUCAAAAUCAAAGACUUGUACAAAAUAAUCAUUUUUUAAUGCCUGACCUACCCAGAUACCAAAUAAGUCUGGAAUCAUUAGAAAAGUCCGUCCUGUUACAAACUCCACUUUUCCGACCUCCUUCCCUCCUUAAGCUAAGCGUAUUAAUUCGCUGCUUUUUCCUUUUGCCUACUAAAAUAAUGUAGAUAUACCUACUAUUUUAGCUCAAUUUCUCCCCCACAACUUCUGUCUUUUUCCUCAAUUACUUCUUUCUAUUCUUGUCUCCUGCUCUUUCCUGCCUCGUCUUUCCUCGACUAAGCCAACCUUGCCUUCGUGGAAACCCAGAAAAACCUUUCCCAUUCCAUUCAAUCGGAUUCAGAAUAGAAUCAUCCUCUUCUCUCGCUCGCCGCAUAUCAACAUUGAAAAGAGGAUCGGAACGUAUAACGAAAAGCCCAAGCUCUAAUUCGUUUAUGUAUAAACUCGUCAACCCAACACCGAGAACAUUUAAAUAUCCUCACGACUUCAAAGAUCCAUUACCACGGAACAGUCAUUCAGCCUCAUAACUCUAAUAUCCCAAAUCAUUAUACUUUGUCUUCAGCCUUAUUCAAUCAUUUUAUACUUUACCUCUAAGUCGUAGCCGUCGGGUGCGUGUGGAGCGGACAACUACUAGUUUUCUCCUCUUUCCCACCUAACGUCUUCGAAGGUUUUGAAGAUUCGAUAUAUUCAACACUCGCCGUCAUCAUUCGUUAUUGGCUAUUCAGUAUCCAAUUACUGCCCAGGAAACAGACAAGGGAUUAUCACCAAACUGUACUGCUACGCACACCAUCUUCUCCCGCCGGCCCAUCCCUUUCCUUGGCCUUCCCGUCGUUGAUACAUAACUACAACCUACCUAUCACACUUUACACGGUAUCGGACCAAGCUGCACGAUGGCUUCAACCGGCGUUUCCAUACCCAUGCCCAUGCCAGUUGCAACAAAUGGUACCCUCGAGCCGACCUGGCAUGGGUACAUUGGCAACACACAAGAUGCAGCCAUCCUUCUCGAAGCUUGCUUUACAGGAACCCUCAACCAUCUUGCCCGUCGCCCCCAUGAUAAAGAAAGACCUGAACUCAUCAAGAGCGGAAACAUUUUCAUACACGAAGCAAACUCAUCCGGAGUAAAACGAUGGACCGAUGGUAUAACAUGGAGCCCAAGUCGUAUGGUGGGAAACUUUCUUGUCUAUCGAGAGUUGAAUAAACCAUUUGCGCCAGGAGAGAAGAAGAGAGCCACGGCGAAAGACAAGAGACUGGGCAUUCAAAAGAAACGUGGUGGUCCUGGAGUAAAUACAAGUCGCGUUUUCUCUUCUAUGCAUGGAGCACUAAACAAAGAGAUGGAACGAUCACUAGUCGGUUCGCUAGUCGAUUCGUACGACUUUAAGGAGGAUGAUGUUUGCCUUAUCAAGAAGACAAUCACCAUCAGUGUAGGAGACCUUACUCACCACAUUGUAUCUUAUUACACGAUCGACGAUGUCGUCUCCGGUAGACUCUCAACCCCACGAUCUGAACCUCGAUUCCAGCACCUCAAGCCACGUAGGGAUAUUGUCCUUAGCAAAAGCUACAAGCACCCUCUUGAUGAUCCCAACGUUUUGAGCGAAGAUGACGACGUACGUGAAAAUCACUCAGCAUUUCACAAUAACUCUGGUCGGGGCGAUUAUUAUUAUCAAAACCGAAAUGCGCCGAGACUACCCGCACCAUCCUCGCAUGGAAUGCCAUAUCAAUCUAACAAUUUCCCGCUCAGUAACCAUUACGCAAUAAAUGUCAACCCCUCAUCAUACAACAUCACAUCAUAUAACUCAAACGUUCCUGCAGUAAGUUCAGCUGCUGGCUCAUAUAACACACCUCUUUCUGGAACAAGUCCGAAUACCAUCACGCCUUACAACACGGGAAUUCCUGUGUCGGGUCCAAAUGGUGGCUCUUCUUAUCCUCCGUUCGCACAAGUCCCAGGCAUGUACGAUGCACCAAAACCGGAGGCAUACAACAAUGUUUACAGACAUCAGCGCCACAAUUCCAACCCUAACAUGAAUGUGACGCCGCUUGCUCAACGACCAACGAAUUAUGGCCAGCAACCGCUUGUCUCUGGGGUACCUGAUAUAGUAUCAGGCAUGGCUGGAAUGUUCCAGGGCCAAAUGGCCUCGAGAAACUUCAAUGAAUCCACUUAUUCUCCUACAGGCCUUUACCAAUCGAGGGAUACACCUAAUUCUUCUCACGGCUAUCCUCAGGCGCAACGAACCCUGCCGCCUAGCCAACCAUAUAAUCCACAAGCCGCAAAUCAAUAUACUCAAAGCAUGGAAGCCUCGCCGGGCAAUGCCAGCACUGGCCAUGCUCACUACAUCAUGAACUCUCAUGCAGGUUGGCCUUCUCCACACGGGGUAUAGAGGCUGUUUGUUGGUAAGCCACAGACAUUCCAAUCUGCCAUGUCGAGGUUCUCAUCCAUUAUCGGAAUCGGACCACUCAUCACUUGGCCACGAUUUUCCUCCUCUCCGUCGACACGCUCCUUCAAAUCAUCAUUGGGAGCAAGGACGGUGAUCAAGUAAAAUUUCACUGUAUAUUUCGACAGUCCAUAUGGCGUUUUCGUCGAGAAAAGUCUUAUGAUUGUCACUUUGGCGUUCCUUCUAUAUUGAUAGGAAGCUUUGUUAUCUUCGUUUUGGUUAUUUGAAAAGGGUUUAUGGGACGAAGUAUUUACUUGGGGCUGAUACAUCGGUUUCAUCAGACCUUAGUUUCAUUUCAAUUGUUUAAAUACAUGUAUGUAUAUAUGGGUUACGGGUGCUACCGGCGCAGGCGGAUAGAUACUGGUUACGGGCGGUUGUUGGCUCAGGCGUAUGUGUACUGCAAAUCUUCAACAGCGAUAUCUUUGAGAUAAUCGCAGGGGCGGAUACCAUUUUUAUACCACUGUUAGACGAUGAUUCGGACGGUACCAUUCAUUUUUGUUUUGUUUUUGUUUGUUUUUUUUCAAGCGUCGUUGAUUUUAUUCCCCGACACCGAUGUGUGCUCAACAGUUCCAUGGAGAUUAAGAGAGAAAGAGGAUCUCUUUUCAAUGGGUCAAAGUUUAAGAAUCAUAUAUCAAUGUUUUUGAUCAAUGUUUUCCACGAAAAAGAAAGGGUUACGUUAUCCAUGGAUGGGAGAGGAGAUUUUGCUUUAUAUUUGUUUAUUGGUUGUUCUUCUCAUUGGUAUCUGUAUUCAUCUUUUUCAUAGAUGUAUUUAUUGUAUUAAUUAUACUGUUAUCAUAAACUUAUUAUAUUAUAAUUUUAUAUCAAUGAUUAUCUCCAAAGUGUGCUGUA